UUCCGUUAUAAACGCGCCCUUUCAAUCGCGCUUAGCUGUAUUUGACUUUCUAUCGCCAUAAUCCAAUCAGCGCUCGUAUGAUCCGUUUCAAAACGCAAAUGACAACAACCCGCGACACUCGCAACACUCACUGGCAAGUUCAAGUUUAAAGCCGCUCCACGCGUAAGUAUAGCGGUGUUGUUACGAGUAUUACUGGACCAGCAAGCGGUAUAGUGCGGUUGGCGCGCGGUCUAGGAUGGUGGCUAGGAACUUUUCCGUGCAGGACAUUUCGUAUUCGCGACUCCUGCAGGUGCCCGACGACGACAGGGAGUUCAUCACGAUAGAGGAGCUGAAGCCGGUCAUGGGGCAGCAAAACAUUCAGCCGCAGCAUUAUCAGCCCACCUACUAUGAGCUCACAGGAAUGGUCGAUAACCCCUGUCAAACUAGUCUUAACUAUCAAACCAAUUCAAACUCUGGAACAAAUACCUCCAUAAUGGAAAUCCAACAAGUAGAUAGUACCCAUACCUCAUCAAGAAAAAGAAAAACCUCUUACAAUGACACAAGUGAUAUGGAGGAAGAUAAUGGAGAGGAUAUAAAAUCAGUUAAGACAAACGACGAAAAUAAAAAACAAAAUCAUAGCGAAAUAGAAAAACGCAGAAGAGACAAGAUGAACACCUACAUCACAGAGCUAUCAGCCAUGGUCCCCAUGUGUCACGCGAUGUCCAGAAAGUUAGAUAAAUUAACCGUUCUCAGGAUGGCAGUUCAGCAUUUAAAAACCAUAAGGGGGGCUGUCCAUUCCUAUACUGAAGGACAAUACAAACCAUCCUUUCUGUCCGACCAGGAAUUAAAAAUGCUUAUUUUACAGGCUGCAGAUGGAUUUUUAUUUGUCGUUGGCUGUGAUAGGGGCAGGAUCCUUUAUGUUUCGGAGUCUGUUGCCAAAGUACUCAAUUUUUCACAGGGUGACCUCCUGGGUCAAAGUUUAUUCGACAUAAUUCACCCCAAAGACGUGGCCAAAGUUAAGGAACAGCUUUCCUCCUCAGAUCUCCAUCCAAAAGAAAGACUGAUCGAUGCCAAAACAAUGUUACCAGUAAAAACAGAUGUACCUCAGGGAGGCUCCCGUCUCGUGCCGGGCGCGAGACGCUCAUUUUUUUGCCGGAUGAAAUGCAAAAUGUCUUCGCAAAUAAAAGAAGAAGCUGAUACCACCACUGGGUCCCACAGAAGAAAAAAGCAACACAAUUCGGAUAAAAAAUACAACGUCAUACAGUGCACAGGAUACCUGAAAUCCUGGGCCCCUGCGAAGAUAGGUUUGGAGGAGCAGGAAGAAGGCGACGGAGAGUCCUGCAACUUGUCCUGCUUGGUGGCCAUCGGCAGGAUUCUGCCGCACGUCUCCACCGUCGCGGCCACCACGCAGAACCGACCUAACGUCAGGUCCGUUCAGUUCGUAUCGAGGCACGCGUUGGACGGGAAGUUUCUAUUCGUGGACCAAAGGGCCACUCUAGUCCUAGGCUUCCUUCCUCAAGAACUCCUAGGCUCCAGCAUGUACGAGUACUACCAUCACGAUGACAUCCACGCGAUAGCGGAGUGCCACAAGGUCGCGCUGCAGAGCACCGAGCGAGUGAACACGAACGUCUACCGAUUCAGAACGAAGGAUGGCGGAUUCGUACGACUGCAGAGCGAGUGGAAGGCCUUCAAGAACCCUUGGACCAAAGAAAUUGAGUAUCUGAUUGCGAAGAACAACCUAGUUUUAAGUGACUUUAGGACGGUGGAAAGUACAGCGGGAAGAACAGAGGGUUACCAGGAAAAUUUGGACUUCUUCACUCAAAGCAAAGGAAAAGAUAUGGAAAGACUCAUAAAUACUCACAUAGAAGCGAGCAAAAUAGGUCGCCAAAUCGCUGAACAAGUCAUGGACUCGCAAAGACGCGGUGGAGAGUCUUCUGCCGGAAGUAGUCCCGAUCCAGAUCCUGAAUCUUCCUUACCAAUGCCAAGUAAUGAAUCGCAAAUAUCAACCAGUGCUCAGCCGGAGCUCCCGAACACCAAUGUGGUGGUCCAGCAAGAAUAUCAACCACCACCUCAGCAGCAAACUUUCAACCACGUUAGAAACAACGUAUCAUUAUCCAGCGUUGCGACAGAUCCAGGGGGAAAUUCGGAGGAGGGGAUCAUAGAAAUGAUAGAAGACGUGGUCAGAGAUUCACCGAACAACGGCCCUUCGAUGGACGGAAACGACGAGGCGGCCAUGGCGGUUUUGAUGAGCCUUCUGGAGGCGGACGCCGGACUCGGCGGUCCGGUGGACUUCUCCGGACUUCCGUGGCCCUUGCCUUGACCGGAAUAAUCCGGGAAGUGCACAUCGAAAUCAUGCUAGUCAAGUAUCUCAAAGGUAGUUUUGUAAUUUUUUUAAAAUAUUUGAUAAAAAACAUGUUUAAUGGUACCAUGAUAUGAAGUGUAAUAUUUUUGUUAAAAAUAUAUGUAGGUAUACCUAGUAGAUCUGUGAUUUUGUGUAAUUAAAAGGCUGUUAAAUAAAGAUAGUUACUUAUAAAUACCUUUGUUUAAUUUCAUUUGAUUAAAAAGUUAACUUAACGUUUUUAUAAUUGUUUAGUUUAAUAUUAAAAAUAUAUAUACAUAAAAAUAUUAUAUAUGUAUGUUUUAAAGUUUACGAUUUUUUACGAUAAUUGGUCCGCACCGCAACUUUUCUGAAAUGGCCCAAAAAAACCUUAUUAAAAAAAACGUUAUAUAACAAAUCUGGAGACAUAAAUUAAUAUAAUACACUACAUAUUUUAAGGAUCUUUAGGUGCGAAUAAACUAACCCUUAAUCAAUUUUUUUAAGCCUAUACUGCCCUACUAAAAUCAACUCAUGUAUCUACAAUAAAUACAAAUAAAUACAAAAUACAAAAAAAUAAUCGUAAAUGUUUUGAAUGUAAAAGAAAAUUAAAGUAGGUUUUUUAAAAUUAUGUCAAGCAUAAAUUUAAUUCUAAUUUAAUGGAAACAGAUAGGAAAAAUAGUGAAUUAUUAUUAUGUCUAGGCAUAAUAAUAAUUAUUUAAAGUGUACACAUAAAAUUAAUGCACUUAAUUUUAUUUGUACCCAUAAAAUUAUAUAAUUUAUUUUAUGUCUACACUUAAAAUUAAUUUGGCGCUUCGGAAGUUGCCACUUUCGGCCGCACUUUCGCAGCGCCAAAUUAAUUGUAUGUGUAGACAUACAAUUAAUUAUAUAAAUUUGUCUGUACACAUUAAAUUAAUUCUAAAAUUUUUAAUAUAUACGUAGUCAUAAUUUUAAUUACAAAAUAAAAAUUUAGUGCAUUAUGUUUAUACAUAAAAUUAAUUGUAUCAUUUUUUAUUAGAAUUAAAAUUAUGCGUACACAUAAAAUUAAUUACGACAUGCUGUUUUAUUUUUUAAUUGUAUAAGAAAUAUUAAGUUAAGUAUUAAUAUUUAACUUAAUAUUUCUUAUCCAAUAAAAAGUAAAACGUCGUGCCAUAAAAGAUCAUUUUACUAUUUGGACGGCUUUCUGCAGAAUGGGACCAACC